ACGAUGUCGCUUUGCCUUCCGGUGACUCCGCAUAUUACUCUUCCCGUCGGGCUAACAAAAUCGGGCCGCCCUCAGCAGUGCCGCUCCUUGCGCGUACCGCGACGCGCCACCGUAUCAGCAGUGUAUUCAGUCAUGGCGGCCGCCAGCUCGGUUCGAGUCGCCGCCGCUCAGAUGACCUCCAUCAACGACCUGGCCUCCAACUUCGCGACCUGCUCCCGCCUGGUCAAAGAAGCAGCUUCUGCUGGGGCGAAAUUGCUCUGCUUUCCCGAGAGCUUCUCGUACAUUGGUGCCAGGGAUGGGGACAGCCUUAAGAUUGCAGAACCCUUGGAUGGACCGAUCAUGCAACAAUACCAAUCUCUGGCGAGAGAGUCCAAUAUAUGGCUGUCACUUGGAGGCUUCCAAGAGAAAGGGAAAGAUGACGAGCACUUGUGUAACACACACGUUGUCAUCGAUAAUGAGGGGAAUAUCAGAAGCAGUUAUCAGAAAAUACACUUGUUUGAUGUUGAUGUGCCUGGUGGGAUGGUUUACAAGGAAAGCAGCUUCACUGAAGCAGGAAAAGAUAUAGUAGCAAUCGACAGCCCUGUAGGCCGUCUCGGGUUGACGGUGUGCUAUGAUCUGAGAUUCCCGGAGAUUUAUCAGCAGCUGAGAUUCCAACAUGAAGCACAGGUUCUGCUCGUGCCUGCGGCCUUCACAAAAGUGACAGGUCAAGCACACUGGGAAAUCCUUCUACGUGCUCGAGCUAUUGAGACUCAAUGCUAUGUCAUUGCUGCUGCACAAGCUGGAAAGCACAAUGAUAAAAGGGAGAGUUACGGCGAUGCUUUAAUUAUUGAUCCAUGGGGUACUGUAGUGGGGAGACUGCCAGACCAUCUGGCAACGGGGAUUACUGUAGCUGAUAUUGAUCUGUCGUUUCUCGACUCAGUCAGGACAAAGAUGCCACUUGCCAAGCAAAGGAAGCCCUUAGAUUUCUGGAAGCCUGCAUCUUUGUGAAUGAAGGACCACUGACGAAGAGCACACCUCUCAAUUAUGCUCGGCAUCCUCGUCGAUAAGGACUAUUUACGGAGAGCACCUCUCAGUUAUGCUCCUGUCGGAUCUACUCCUAGUGUUGUAUAUUACAAGGUAAUAAAGGGAGAAUGCUCUGCGGCCAUGUACACUUUGCAUCUUCAAUUCAGUUGGAAGAUUUCCCGCUCGAUUCUAAUGCAUAAUUAUUAGUAAUUAACAUUUCGUAUAUACUAACAUUUUGUCAGACUGUA